CUGAGAAAGUGACAGCGGGGCGUGGUGUGCUAUGACAAUAGAGGGGGCACCGCCAUGGAGGUGAUUAGGAGCCGGGCACUCGGGAGACCGGGCACAGCGGGCACCGUGCAGCUCCGGAAGAGGAGGUCAAAACUGUACAGUAAGGAGGGCGAGGAGGAGGCGGCCAAAACAGGCCUCUUCGGAGAAAAUGUCUACUUUGUCUUGUUCACUGUGGCCUUUCGGAUUGUGAAUUGCGGUUUGGUCCAGACCAGCUUUGUCCCGGAUGAAUACUGGCAGUCUCUUGAAGUUGCACAUAAUAUGACUUUCAGUUAUGGCUAUUUAACAUGGGAGUGGCACCAAGGUCUGAGGGGGUUCACAUACCCCCUGCUGUUUGCCAUUGUUUAUAAAGCUUUACAUUGGAUGGGCAAGGAUGAUGUCUCCUUUCUGAUUUGGCUUCCCAGACUGAUCCAGGCCGUGUUCUCCAGCAUUGCAGAUGUAAAACUCUAUAGUUUUGUGAGGCGCAUGGAAAAUUCAGAUGUGGCAAAAUGGGUGUACUUCAGUCAGCUUUGCUCCUGGUUCACAUGGUACUGCUCCUCCAGAACCCUAACAAACACCAUGGAAACAGUACUUGGCACUCUGGCGUUGCAUUACUACCCACUGGAAGGUUCAUCCACAAAGAACAGCACGAAGUACCUGCUCUUUGUGGCUCUGGCAUUUCUCGUCCGCCCGACUGCACUCAUUCUUUGGGUUCCAUUACUCUUGUAUCAUUUUUCCAAAGAAAAAAAGAAAAUCGACUUAGUAAUUUAUCAGUGUUUACCUGUUGGACUGCUUACACUUGGAGGCUCCAUAAUAAUUGACCGAGUAUACUUUGGGAAGUGGACAAUUGUUCAGUGGAAUUUUCUGAAGUUUAAUGUGCUCCAGAACAUUGGCUCUUUCUACGGGUCUCAUCCUUGGCACUGGUACAUCACUCAGGGAUUUCCGGUCAUCAUAGGCACACAUUUGCCAUUCUUUAUACACGGCUGUAUAGUGGCACCAAGAAGAUAUCGUGUUCUACUAGUAGCUAUAGUAUGGACUGUCUUAAUAUAUAGCACGUUGAGCCAUAAGGAAUUUCGAUUUAUCUAUCCGGUGCUCCCACUCUGCAUGAUCUUCUGUGGUUUUUCAUUAUCCAGUUUUAAACGUUGGAAGAAACCAGCCAUCGGCCUUUUAGUAUUAUUAAACCUGCUUCCUGCCCUCUACACCGGGCUGGUUCACCAGAGAGGUGCACUUGACAUCAUGUCCGACAUUCAACAAUUGUGUAACAAAGGGAAUUCUUCCCUACUAGUUCUCAUGCCUUGUCACUCUAUUCCCCACUACAGCCAUGUUCAUUGCCCCAUUCAGAUGAAUUUCCUUGAGUGUCCUCCAGAUUUAGAAGACCACGAUACAUAUGUUGAUGAAGCUGACCUAUUUUACAUAAGCCCCCUGGCUUGGCUCAAUGCAGAAUUUUACGAUCCCAGGCGACUACCGACACACUUAGUUAUGUUCAGUGUUCUAGAAAAGGAAAUAACUCAAUUUCUGAGUACAAACAAAUACGUGAGGACGGCAUCGGUCUUCCAUACUCAUCUACCAGAGGGUCGAAUUGGAAGCCACAUCUACAUGUAUGAACGGCAAGUGACAUAAAGUCCUUUGGACCAAUGAUGGAUUGACGAUCACAUGGAGGGACCACUGAAAAGGAAGGUUAUUACAAAGCUGUGACAGUGCCGUUCCUUCAAGACCAUGACUGGUUUUAACCCAUGGAUUCACUGUGACUUAAUCCAGCCGCAUCUACAAGGAACGCAGAAAUGACUCGAGCAGCUUAGAACAGGCCUUGUGUAUAUAUGUAUAAAUAACUUUACACACAACAAAUGAUUUUAAAUAAAGUUUUUUUCUUUUUAUUUCAGUCUCUAUUAUCUUACAAAUAACUAAAGAAUGUUUUUGAAGUGCAAGGAAGGUCCCAGAGAGCAGUAAGAACUUUAAAAGAAAUCUGUCAGUAGUAUCACUCGCACUAAAUCUGUUACACAGGCUUGUAGUGCGGGUGAUGCUGAUUAAAACGGUUCUCACAUUGUGUAGAUUCGCCCAGCCGUUCCUCCACAAAUUGCCUUGCCUUGGGGCAUGGGCGGAGCUCCCAUCCGAGCUUCGGCCAC